UCAGUUGAGCAGUAUUAACACAGCGUAGCAAUUUCAUCUUCCCAAACGUGAUCUCCUUUAACAACUGUGAGCGCUCAAAUGCCUGUUGCCAGGUUACCGUCCAGCACUGUGAAAAGCGGGAUUGUGUACGCGAGCGGCAUGGAGAAGCACCGCUGACUUGCGCCCAUCUCUAAAUAAUGAAUCACCGAUGCAUUCAGAAUAGGGGGAACGCGAUGAAUAGGCGAGUGUGAUCGGGAUCGAAUCCGCAGCGUCGGAGCCGGGGGAAGCCAUGCAGCUCCAGUCUGCAGCCCAAUGCAAGGUGUCCGGCUUCAUACUGAAUGAAAGAUGCGCCGCGUCUUCGAAAAUGGAAGUCCACCGUGAGCAGAGUAUCUGUCAGGCGCGGGCUGCUGUCAUGGUAUAUGACGACGCCAAUAAGAAGUGGGUUCCGGCUGGUGGAUCCACGGGCUUUAGUCGAGUCCACAUCUAUCACCACACUGGCAACAACGCCUUCAGGGUAGUGGGCCGUAAAAUUCAGGACCACCAGGUGGUAAUAAACUGUGCCAUUCCCAAGGGGCUGAAAUACAACCAGGCCACACUAACGUUUCACCAGUGGCGAGAUGCACGGCAGGUGUACGGCCUUAAUUUUGGCAGCAAAGAGGAUGCCAAUGUGUUUGCCAGUGCCAUGAUGCAUGCCCUGGAGGUGCUGAACUCUCAGGAUGCAGGUCCCCCGAUGCCAAGACAGACUCCUCAGGUGCAGAAUGGCCCAUCACCAGAGGAGCUGGAGGUGCAGAGAAGGCAGGUGCAGGAGCUCCAGCGUCAGAAGGAGCAAGAGAGGGAACGACUGGAGCGAGAGCGGCUAGAGCGGGAACGUCAGGAACGAGAGAUGCUGGAACGGGAGCGUGCCGAAAGAGAACGUCAGGAACGGGAACGUCAGGAGCGUCAAGAACGAGAGCGUCUGGAGAGGGAACGUGCCGAGCAGGAACGUCUGGAGCGCCUGGAGCGUGAGCGUCAAGAGCAGGAGCAGCUGGAGCGCGAACGCCAGGAACGGGAGCGCGCCGAGCGGGAGCUGAUGGAGAGAGAGCGUGCCGAGAGGGAGAAGCAAGAAAGGGAGCACCAAGAGCAGCUGGACAGAGAGCAGAUGGAUUGGGAGAGAGGGAGACGCAUCUCCAACGCCGCAUUUGAAAGCACCCUCUACACUCCUCCACCUCCCGAAUACAAGACCACCUCUUCCUCGCCCGUGUCUCCUUCCACACCCAGCUACCCGCCACCGACGCCAUCGCCCUCCACAGCAGCUCCUCCGACCCCGCCCCUGCGCCACUCUGCUUCCCGAUUCGCCACGUCGCUUGGCUCCGCCUUCCACCCGGUCUUGCCUCAUUACGCCACUGUACCUCGCAGACAACCUGCCCCGCCCACACCGCCGCCCCCUGUCCCAGCUCCUCCUCCAGCUCCGGCCUCCAAAUCCGUUGCCUGGACUGCUAACAAUUUUACACCCCUGCCGCCCUCACCUCCGGUCAUGAUCAGCAGCCCUCCGGGCAAGGCUACGGGUCCUCGUCCGAUGAUUGCGAUCCCGGCCCCUAGUCCGCUCUCCCAGAAACCACCUUCGCCCAUCUCCGCGCCCAACGGGCCGCCCACCUCGCUUCACUUCCACACCUCGUCACCAGUCUCGGGGCAGCCGUUCUCUUCGCCCCCAACGCCACCCCCUCCGCCGCCCCUGUAUUCCCCCUCGCCCACCUUGCCCAUCGCUCCCCUUGUGUCUUGUCCCUCACCCCAGCCUGCUGUUCUCCCUUCUCCUUCCACAGCCUUCCCUGCCUCUGCUGAGCACUCUGUAAACUCUGGGUUGGGAGACUCCUGGUCCUCUGCUCCAGAGCCGCCCACUCAGCCUGCUGACUUCCCCAGCCAGCCGGAUUCAGUACAGGGGAUACCGACCCCUCCACCCCCACCGCCUCUCCCUCCCGGCUCCACUGUGACUCCCACCACUGCUGGACCUCCGCCACCCCCUGGUCCCCCUCCUCCUCCCCCACCACCUCUGCCCCCCACGCUUACCCCAACAGGUCCUCCCCCUCCUCCCGGCCCACCGCCUCCACCCUCAGGCCAGGCUCCACCACCAGCACCACCUCCACCCCCGGCCCCACCUUUGCCCUCGGGUCUGUUCACCCCCUCGCCCACCACAGACGAGAACAAGGGCCUGUCUGGGCUUGCAGCCGCACUUGCUGGAGCCAAGCUAAAGAAAGUGCCAAGGAGUGAUGAGCCCCUGGCUCCAGCCGCAGGAUCAGCAGUGAGUUCUGGUGGUGCCAAGCCCGAGGCAUCCCGUGGAAAUGGUCCUUUAGGAGGAGGAGGAGGUCUGAUGGAGGAGAUGAGUGCCCUGCUGGCCAGGAGGAGAAGAAUUGCUGAGAAGGGAUCGUCACCAGAGCCUGAGCAGAAAGCUGAUGAUAUUGAGGCUACCAUAACUCCAAAAGUGUCAGCCUGUAGCACACCAGAUAUGCCCAGAAAGCCUUGGGAGAGGACAAACACCAUGAAUGGUAGCAAAUCACCAGUCAUUGGAAGACGGGACGCACCAUGGAGAAAUCAGAUGGGUACUGACAAGUACUAUGAUUCCUUAAACAGACCAAGGUCUACACCAACUCCUACCGGAUCCAUAAGUGCCAAUGGGGUGCCAACAGAAGCUCUUGACUAUGACAGAUUGAAACAGGACAUUCUAGAGGAGAUGAGGAAGGAACUCUCGAAGCUGAAAGAAGAACUUAUUGAUGCAAUCAGGGAGGAGUUGGGCAAGUCAAACUCUGCAUAGAAGGAUGAGAUGCACCUGUAUUUUUUUAACCACAAUCUGUCACUUCAGAGGUCAGCUUCAGUUUAAGACACUAUCUCAAAAGCAAUGAAAAUGGAAAAUUACAGUUUUAACCAGAGGUGAUCACAAUAACCAUGAUAAUUCGGAGGAUCUGUUGAGUACGAUGCCGGGACGGACACGAGUUUUGAGCGUGGGGGCACGGGAGGCGUAACAGCGAGAGGAUAACCAGACGCCUCAAAGCCGACGCCGUACACCAAAAGCCCCGUCUUGAAAGGAGGUCAAGAAACAGUCUUAAGGAAGUGACUGUCAGUAUGCAAUGGAUGACUUUUACUGUGGAACGAAAAUGACGAAAAAAGACAAACUAUUACUGAAUUACAUAUUAACCAUCGAAGAGUGAAAUUGUAAAUCAAGCAGAUGACAUUCAUUCUACGGCACAUCGUUUAGCAAAGGGCAGGCUUUGUUUGUUAUGAAUUUAAAGGUGGUACUGGUGGCGGUGGUGAAGUAACGGUAACUAAGUUGGCCUUGUAUAGAGCGAAACCUUGAAUCUGGCCAACCAAAUGAGUAUGGUCUCUUGCUGCAGGACUCUAAAGCUUGUCUUCCUACUAUUUUAACCAGAAUAUGUACAUUAAAUGACGACAAAAUAAACGUUAUACCUGCAAGUCAUUCAGUCAACCUGUUCUAAUGUACGCCAUGACCACAUCAGGUAGCUUACUUGCUCUCUCGGUCGGUUUAUCAUUAUUAUUCUCUGAAUGCUCCACAGGCUGUCUCUAAUGAGCCACUGUUAUCUGUACACCUUCGUCUUGUGUGUUCGCUAACUGUUCGGAACGAUCACGAAGGACAAUGCCUUUCUACUGUACAUCGUUGUAGCUCUCUACCAAAAUCCUCUCAGCCAAUCGAAGUUAAGGUUGACCUCAGCGUCAGCUCAGACCGUAUCUGUAGAUAGUGCUAACCAGAAAUACUAUGAACUUUUUAUUCACCGUAGGCUCUUUUCGUAUUACUUUCGAUUUCAGUGCAUGUCUUCUUACGAUCGGGAAGGGAAAAAUGGUUGCCACGAAAAAUACUUUAGUUUUCAGUUCAUAAGCAAUAAGUGUAGCAUUGUUGCAUUUUCAGUCUCUCUCUCUUUUUUUCUUUUUUUAAUCAUCCACUCUGCCCUCAAACUGUGGAUGAGUGAUGUUCCAUACGCGUUCUAAAAAUGCAGUUCGCAACAGACACCUCUUUAUAGCCAUAAUAAAUUUGCAGGGGUUACUCAUUUUACUUCAUUUUAGGAUUCGAGAAUGUGAAAGAUCAUGUGUGACAACCUAUUCAUUUUGCAUGGGGUAUUUACCAAUUACACUGUAAAAAAAAAAAACAACUUAAAAGUUGUUUCAACUUAAAGUAAGUGUUCGUGCUGCCUUAAAAUGUUAUGUUUACUCAACUCAAAUAUCCAUGUUUUCAUGUAGUACAACUUAACAUUUCAUGUUAACUAAACUUAAAAUUUUAAGGUGGCACAAACACUAAGUUAAAACAACUUUUUUUUUUACAGUGUAGAGGGCGAAGCAACACAUCACAGCUUUUUGAAUGAUUUCAGGAUUUUUUUUUCCCAGUUUAUCCUCUUUCUGCACACUGGAAGGCACUUGGCUCUGUUUUUCAGAGGGGCUUUAUCUUCCAACACGCUUUUGUUAGGGAAGUAUGCUUUUUAAGAGCGAACUCUUUAUACAGACGUGAAGUGUGAUUAUAGGCUGUGCGAAUUUUGAGAAAAAUGAUAACAUGAAUUUGUGAUGUUCUCUCUGAUCAAAAAAAAAAAAAAAAAGUUGUUUCAACUUAGUGUUCAUGCUGCCUUAAUUUCAAGUUUACUUAACUCAAAUAUCCAUGUUUUCAUGUAGUACAACUUAACAUUUCAUGUUAACUAAACUUAAAAUUUUAAGGCAGCACAAACACUUACUUGUUAAAGUUGAAACAACUUUUUUUUUUUUUUUUUUUUUUUACAGUGUAGAGGGCGAAGUGACACAUCACCGCUUUUUGAAUGAUUUCAAGAAUUUUUUUCCCAGUUUAUCCUCUUUCUGCACACUGGAAGGCACUUGGCUCUGUUUUUCAGAGGGGCUUUAUCUUCCAAUACGCGUUUAAGGAAGUUUGCUUUUUAAGAGCGAACUCUUUGUACAAACGUGAAGUGUGAUUAUAGGCUGUGCGAAUUGAGGAGAAAACUGAUACAUAAAUUAGUGAUGUUCUCUCUGAUCAAAAAAAGUUGUUUCAACGUAGUGUUUGUGCUGCCUUAAAAUUUUAAGUUUACUCAACUCAAAUAUCCAUGUUUUCAUGUAGUACAACUUAACAUUUCAUGUUGACUAAACUUAAAAUUUUAAGGCAGCACAAACACUUUAAGUUGAAACACCUUUUUAUUUUUUACAGUGUAGAUGGCGAAGCAACACAUCACAGCUUUUUGAAUGAUUUUAAGAAUUAUUUUCCCAGUUUAUCCUCUUUUUGCACACUGGAAGGCACUUGGCUCUGUUUUUCAGAGGGGCUUUAUCUGUUAGGGAAGUAUGCUUUUUAAGAGCGAACUCUUUGUACAAACAUGAAGUGUGAUUAUAGCCUGUGCGAAUUUUGAGGAGAAAACUGAUAACAUGAAUUUGUGACAUUCUCUCUGAUCAGAUUUUUUUUCCUCAGUUAUCCAUCCCCCCCGCAGUGCUCACUUGUCAAUCCUUUCUAGUUUCUUUUCACUUCCAAACCAUCACUCGAAAUAAUCCCUCAAGGAAUCAGAAAGUUUGUAUAGAGUGUUUACAGCAUUGAUUGCACUUUAAAAACCCGUAGAAGUUCAAACGAUUCUAUUGCUGACGAGACGGCCGUCCCUUUGCGAUCGGCACUAUCACCAAAGCUAAACCGUAAUCUCUAGAACGUCACAAUCUCCUGAUCCACCUUUGUUUUGACAACAAAUAACUAUUGUUGAUUGGUCUUUAGGUUAAGCAGGUGAAAUGUUUUGAUCAGGGUUGAUUCAUUCCUGGAUAAACCUGUUUGUGAUCUUCAUGGUUUGUGCCUUGUUCGGAAGUUGCAUUUGAUAUGUCAAAAAAUUUAAAACCGUAUAUAUAGAGAGUAUUAAUUUAGGGCCUGCCAUAACUUUAUUCAUUUGUUUUGCAUUUUGCUUCAGUGAGUUGCAAGGGAGCUUUUACGAUCUUUGUUUAAAAUCAAACAUGCAUUCACGUUCUUUCUCUCAGUGUCAUUUUUUCUGUUGCAUUACAGUGUGGUUUGUGUUAUGGGUAAGACCAUGUAUGCUGGUGGGAUCUGAGAAACUGAUCUUUGCCCUUGUGGAAAUCAGUUGAAAAAUAUUUGACAGCUGGUUUGAUUCAACUGAAUGUCCUUGUAAUGCAAUUUUCAGUUUCCUUAUCUUUCUAUUUUAUCGUUCAUGUUGUACCAUACUGUUUUCAUGUUAAUUAGAAGUUUCUUACAUGCUAACAUUGUUUUGUUUGAGCAGAUUAAAUAAAAAUUGCAAUACA